UAUUAUGAGUAUCUGCAAAAAGGUAGUUUAUAUUAGGCACAACAGAUAUUCGCAAGUUUAAAACAGUUCAAAACCUUUCAUUUUCAAUAGAUAAAGUCUUUUAAUUUUUUUUAAAUACGAAGGAAGGUUCACUAAAAAGAUUGCAUUAUGCGAAAAGGAAAUGUUCAUACUAGGCGUAGAUUGGAAAGGCCUGGUAUAACGGAAGAUGAAAUUGAAGGAAUACGCGACGCAUUCAACUGGUUUGAUACAGAUGGAACAGGAAUGAUUGAUCCAAAAGAGUUAAAAGCCGCAAUGUUAUCUUUAAAUUUCGAUACAAAGAGUCCAACAGUUUAUUUAAUGGUGUGCGAUAUGGAGAGACGGUGUUCAGGGCCUAUAGAUUUCGAAGAGUUUUUGAAUGAAAUCACGCUACAAUUAGGAGAUCGUGAAAGUCGUGAGGGUAUACAGAAAAUUUUUAGUCUUUUUGAUGAUGAUCACACAAACACUAUAUCAUUCAAGAAUCUCAAACGUGUCGCAAAUGAGAUAGGUGAAACCAUGACGGAUGAAGAAUUAAAAGAAAUGAUAGAACGAGCUGAUAGUAACGGAGAUGGAGAAAUUUCUUUUGAAGAUUUUUUUACAAUUAUGACAAAAAAAACGUUUUCCUAGUAUUUUUACGAACGUUUAUCCUUUUUAUUAAAAAAUUAGAGAAAGAAAAAAUUAAGAGUCUAAAAAUGUUUGUAUCUGUUUUUUUUAGAUUGAGACGUUUAAGUCUUAUUGAAGAUUAAAAGAACGAUAACUAGAUCUGUAAUCUUUUA